GACUGGGAGCUGCGUUUUCUCGGUAGUUGUUUUGGUUUAAUGAUCGCGCUGUUGUUAAUAAUUUGACAAAUGUGUUCGACUAUGAGCUUUAUUUGAUAAUAUGGUGAUGUAUCUUUUUUUUUGGGUGCGUACAUUUUAACUUUGCUUUUGUAAACUCUAAAACCGAGAGGGCUGCUGUUAUGAACGCGAUUGCACAGAGGUUGGGCUGGGGUCUGCAUGCGGCUGGAGCUCGACUGCGCCACCCCCUGGCCUCCCCCCCUGCCCGCCGUCACCUCUGGGCCUGGCUGAACGCGGUGUUCAACAAGGUGGAUCAUGAGCGAAUCCUGGAGGCGGGUCCCGACCGCGCUGCCUCCGAGUGGCUCCUGCGGUGUGGCGCUCACGUGCGCUACCGCGACUCGGAGCGCUGGCAGCAGGACUACAACGGGCUUCCGGCUGGAACGCGUGACCGGUACCGCAUUGAAGCCAUCAACGCCACCGACUCCUGCAUCAUGGAGACUGGCUUCGACUACCUGGACGGCCUGCAGCACGUGCAGCAAAUCCACCUGGAGCGCUGCGUCUACAUCGGCGACUCGACGCUGGAGCGCCUGAGCCGCACCGACAGCCUGGUGGCCUCCCUGCGCGACCUGCGGGUCGUGUCGUGCGGGAACGUCUCAGACCUCGGGGUCAUCUCCCUGCAGGGGCUCCGGAACCUGCAGACCCUGCUGCUGAGAGACCUCCCUGCUGUGAAAAACAAAGACAGCACCGUGGAGACACUGCAAAAGUCCCUGCCAGCCUGCGUCAUCACCGUCGACCUGCCCUGACUCUCCUUUUAAGCGUUGUUUGGAUUAGCCAUCGUUAGGGAUCAGCCACUUCUCAAGCUCGACAGAGGAGUGUGCCAGAACCGUGGCAAGGUACGGUGGGUGAUGGGGAGGUUAGGGGCUCAUGACUUGGCAGCAGCAGUUGAACGAAAACCGUUUUCCUUUUGCGUGUUGAGACGUUGAGAAUUACAAAUGAGUUGUGCAGCAAAACGAUUGAGAAAUGUGGAGCUGAUACAGUAAAACUCUAAAGAAAAGCGGCACAGAUUAACUGGUACAGGCAUUGCUUAGCUGCACAUGUGGUCGACUAAUAAUUAUCUGCACUUUAUACCCGACUGAUUAAACGGUCGGACCCUGGCUCUUCUAUGAUCGUCACUUUACACGCUCCAGUUUGCAUUAUUCAUAAAUCCGUCAGCGACGUAAACUUGCAAUUCUCUCAUGAGUUUUGGUUGAUCACCCGGUGCGAUCUGUUUGUGUCGAAAAUUUAUGGGCUCAGCUGGAGAUAAAAUGAGCUAAGGUUGUGAAACGCGCAGUGUGUGUUUAGAAGCAUUGGAAGUAAAUUAAUGUGCAGGGCGUGAGUGUUUUACAAAAAUAGACGGGUGCGUCCAAGUCUCUUGUGUCAGCACUGUCAUGUACUGCAUUCAUUUUUUGGGGUACAAGUUAACCUUGGGAGCUUAAGCCACUGCACUGGUUCCAUUUAGGCACAUCCAUAUUGCAAGUUACUUUUGAGUUGAAGCUUUGGCAGUGCCGGUCAAAAACAUUUUAAAACUCACAGCGUGAUAGAUUUUUUAAAAAGAGACAAUAUAAAAUAAGCUUGGCCAGCAGGAGACAUUGAUACAAAAUAUAUAUUAAAUGCAGACCUGAUUCCGACAAAUACUAAUAAUGAGACUCGAACAAAUUACCAUCGGUGGCCUUGCUCUGCCAUGUGGAAGGAGCAGUAAGCAGAGGUCUGUCCACACAAGAGGAGGACUGACGGUGUGACGGGAGGACUUACAUGAGAAAAAACCUAGGUCUACAGGAAGUGAUGGCCUGUGACAAAAAGAGUGGAAGAAGCUGAAGAGAUUCAUCCAGCCUCAUCGCCAGCUGCCACGUGGGGACGGAAGAGAAGAG